AUUUAUAAAUUUGUACAUUUUUAAUGAUAAUGAUAUGAUAUAAAACCAUGUCUGAUAGGAAAAAGAAGUACAUAUCAUAUAAGGAGGCUAACAAAAGACCAGUAAUCUUGUCAAAGCAUUCUGAAUAUAAUCCAGAUGGAGAUGCAAAACAUAAGGAUACAAAUAGAAAAGAUAAAUCUAAUUCUGUUAUUGAAAAAGACUCAGGAAAUAUUGCGUCUAAGCAUCCUACAAUUCUAAUAAAGACAAGGGAAGAUCCACAAAGAUCACUCAGUCCGAAGAGAAGUCAGAACAAAGAAAAUGAAUUGGGAAAUGUGCAAAAAGUCGUUACUACGCCUGUAGAUAAUUCCACCAACUUAUCAUCAUGUAAAAUGAAAAAACCAGUAAAACUAAUAGAUAAUUAUAUGGAAUUCAAUACACAAGCACUUGAUUAUCUGAUAGAAAAUCAAAAUGAUUUUUUGGUAGUUGGCGUUUUAGGAAGCCAAGGAGUAGGCAAAUCUACAAUACUGAAUCUUAUUGCCCAAUCUAACGUACAUAAUUUGGCUAGUAGAAUAUUGAACAAAGUGGAUAAUAGCGCUACUACGAAGGAAUCAACUGACUGUUUAAAAACGGAAUCUUCAUCUGACUCUAAAAGUAGUAGUGAAGUUUACUCAGAAUGUAGUGAUGUGCAAUCUAGUCAAUCUGAUAAAAUGUCCCAACAUUCCACAAGUGCAAAUCAGAAUAUUGAUGUGUUAUCGAAGAAGACUGCAGAACUUGCUAUAAUUGAUAAAACUAGUUUGAAAAAUGAAGCUAAUAAAAAUAACUGUAUGAAGUUUGAUAUUGAAACUGAUGAUCAGUUAAAAUUUGGAUUGCAUUGCACAGAUGGAGUUGACAUGUAUAUAACAUCCAAUCGAAUUAUACUACUUGAUACACAGCCCCUUUUAUCAGUUAGUAUAAUGGACAAAUCAAUUAUAUCUUCUGAAUCCAAGACCAUGACCCAUGAAGUAGCUGUGGAAAUGGAAUCAUUAUACUUUGCUUCUUUUAUCUUGGCUACUUGUCACAUUGUAAUAGUAGUCCAGGAUUGGUUUCUCGAUAGUAAUAUUCUUAGAUUUUUAAAUACUGCUGACAUGCUUCGACCUCAGUUGAAUCAGCCUACUAAUUCUCAACAUCCAAACUCCGAAGAAAAUAUACUGGAACAAUUUCGAGCUCAUAUCUUGUUGGUGCAUAAUAAAGCACAAGCUAGCGAUUUUUCUCAUGAUACUGUCAAAUACUAUACUUCAAUAUAUGACACAAUAUUUAAUGCAUCUACUAAACUAAAAGUUCGUAGUGGUCUUGGAACAAGUUAUGACAAAAAAUCUGAAGAUUAUAGAAGCAGAAAAGCAGGCAUAGAAAAAAAGCCUGAUGUGAAUUUGUUUUUGUUACCAGAGAUCACUUGUGAUAAUGUAGAUGAUCACAUGUAUACGGGACACGAGAACUUGGAAUAUUUAGUGAAACGUCUUAGACAAAAUAUCUUGGGCGCUUCACGUGGACAAAUAGCGCCCUCUGUAACCAGUGAAAAACAUUGGGGUCAUAACGCUCACAAGACAUGGGAGGCAAUAAAAAAAAGUGGACUAUUUUUGGAAUAUUGUAGGAUGCUUCAUUAGAACUGCUGGAUUUGCACCUAAAAAUGUAUCUUCUAAACUUCAAAGUAUAGUGAAGGAGGAACUAUAAAGAAGAUGUCAAUGUCAUCUUGAGUAUUCAUAAGCACUGUACUGCCUAAUUUGUAUGCAGAGUGUUAAAGAAAAUCUAAUAAGCC